AUGGAGUAUGUUAAAGUAAUUAUUGUUGGAGGUGGUGUAGCAGGUUUAGCAGCUGCAAAAACCUUAGGACGCGAUGUAAAUUAUGUAUUGGUCGAAGCACAAAAUUAUCUUGGUGGUCGUAUUCUUACUGUUGAUGCAGCACCGAAUCUUACAGUCGAUUUGGGUGCUCAAUAUGUACAUGGUGACAAGAAAAAUACUGUGUAUGAUAUUUGUGAUGAAUUGAAUAUUCUUUUGUCAGAUGAUGAAGAGUCUGAUGAUGAGGCAUUGAUUGUUACAUCCGAAGGUAAAAAUGUAAAAUCUGAAGUACUGGACAAGGCGACUGAUCUGUGGGAACGAGCAAGAGACAAAGCUGAAGAAAAAUAUGAUGAUCGAACAGCAUCAUCACCUAUACCAUUUGCUGAUAUUGUACCUAAAGAAUUUCAAAAACGAUUAUUAUCUUCUUCAUCUUUUUCCAGAGAUUUAAUUCAACCUUUUAUUGAUUAUUUUAUGAAAUUAGAAAUGACGGAAACUAGUUGUUCUUCUUUAUCGGAUUUAAAUCUAAGUGAAUAUCUUGCCUAUGAAGAUCUCGAAGGUGAAUACGAAAAUGAUUUAAAAAAUGGUGGAUAUCGUCCAUUUAUUAAUUAUUUAAAAUCUUUCAUACCAAAUGAUAAUCGUAUUCGUUUGAAUUGUGAAGUAACACGAGUAAAAUUUAUUGAAGACGAUCAAAAAUUAUUAGUCGAAAUGAAUUAUCUAAAUGAACAACGUAUGAAAAGCAUGAUGUGUGAUCAUAUUAUUUGGACAACUUCAUUAGGCUACUUAAAAAAGAAUCUUCAUACAAUAUUUGCUGAAGAACCAAAAUUAAUUCAACAAAAACAAAACUGUAUUGUUAAUAUAGGUUUUGGUACAAUAAACAAAGUAAGUUAG